UUGCAAUAGGCCUUGUUAAUUACAGAACUAUGCUAUGUAAAUAGCCUAUUUCCAAUUAAAGUAUAAUAAAAUAUGGAAAGAAUGGUUUGAUAGACUAAUAUUCCUGUAUUUACGUGCUUGAUUUCUACUAGGCUAGUUCAGUAGUUGGUCAAAUCUGCGGCUAGAGACAGAGAGAUGCUUUCUUCCGAAGGAUCUGGUUACGAAGUUAUAACUCCUUACAAAAUAACUUUACUCGCUUUAAUAAAAAAUUAUGCUGUAAUGGAAAGUGAUGUAAAACAUCACGAACAUCCAAGGAUUGUUUGGCUUGAUGAUGAAGUUAUCUGCAAACGUAAACUCAAUUUAUCAUUGUUAAAUUGGAUUCAACAACCAGAUGGUACAUUGAAGAGUAUACUUCAAAUUCUUGGAUCUUGUUCUCGUACUUUACAUUCAUCGUUAUGCAACACAUUACAAAGUCUGUGUGAAACAGAUUCGCCUCAGGUUCUAGAUGACUUUUUCGAAGAUGUAGGCUUUCUCAUUUCUAGCCCACAAGAAACUAAUUUAUUGCAAAGAAGUGGAAUUACUGGUUUAUUCUGUCGAUCGAUGUUUCUUCAUCAUGAAAAAUUACCAUUUUGCGAACUGAAGCCAUUGUUGGAUAAAUUAACAAGAUAUUGCUCCGUUCUUCUGGAAUCUAGGAAGCCGCCUUCACACCUAAAGAAAUCAUUUCAUCAUGGUGCGGGUGAUGAUGUCAUCAAUGAUGUAAUAAAUGAAUAUGAUGACAAAAGCGAUUCGUUUGAUGAAAUGGAAUUGGAAAGCCAGAGUGAACUUGACAGCAAAAGCAGUGAAGAAAGUGCACUCGGCAUCGAAUUAAAACCAUCUGAUCUGAAAACAGAUGAACGGUCUGAAGAUCUCGAAGUAACAGAAGUAUUUACAUCGAAGCAAGCAGACUACUUCUUUGCUCAGCAAGCAGCUCUGAUCACAGAUAAAGAAACAAUGGCUAUGUCACCUCCUAAAUUGCAAGCCAAAAUCAGUCAAAUUUUAAAAAAUAAUCCUAAACUUACCGAAGCACAUUAUUUGAGCUAUCUCAAUUGCCUCCGAGUUCGUGAGUUCUGUGGUUCUAUUGAUUGCCUACUGACAUAUUUUAAUCGACAUGCCAAGGCUAAGGGUAAUACACAAGGUUCUUCAACAACUGAUCAAGCUUCUGGCAUAUGCAGGUAUACUGCCCUAAAUCUUGCACUUUUACAUCAUAGAUUUGGGCAUAGAAAUGCUGCGAUAGCUGCUGUACGAGAGGCUGUCGAUUUAUCACAAUUGGCAGCUGAUAUGCAGUGCUUGCAACAUGCAAUGUCUCUCAUGUCAGAGUUGGAUCCAGGUAAUGUUCAUUUGUCACUGAUGGAACAUCAAGUUAAACCAGCGAAACAAAUGAAUUUAAUUAACCUUGCAGCCAAGGCUAUUCAACGAGAUAAUAACAAGCAAGCAUUGCUCGGAAAACGACCUUGUCAUGUGUUUAUGCAACUAACUGCAAGUGAAGCUCUUGCAAGCUCAAGAGCAAUAGAGAGUCUUAGCCCAACAAGUUAUAUUCACAAAGGUGCCCUUUGGAGAAUGUAUGGGAAAAGGCAUAUGGCUUCCCUUUACUGUAUGUUGGCUCUAUCAACCAAUUUGAAAGGUCGCAAGGGUACAAAUUUGUUUCCUUGGCAACCUAAUAUAGCCGAAGUUGCUUUAUCACUUUGUCACUUAGUGGAGUUGUUGCAUGAGGCAGGAGAUACAUGUGCCUCUCAAGAAAUAUUACGACACACGAAACAAAGAUUUCCAUGGAAUACAGAACAUAGCAAGUUGUGGCAACUCACUGAAUUGCGACUGAAACACAAGAUCGCACUAAGGAGUUGUAAAUUUUCCGAAGCAAGUCAAAUUGAACAAGAAAUUAUAGCCCUUGACAAACAAGAAGCUGAUUACCGAAAAGCAGAAAGAUUUUAUUUAAGUGGAGAUGAAGUAAAAUCGUACUCGGUGCUUCAAGACAUGUUGAAAACAGCAUCCGCUGAUACUAGGCCUGGUAUAAACAAUAUGAACACCAUGAAACAAUGUACUCCAGAACUUAGAUGUCGAAUUUAUAUAUUACUUUGUCGAAAUCUAUUUGAUGAAUCAAGUGACAGCUCCACAUCGUUAACUUUUCUUCUUAAAGCUCUCUCUACGGCCACAAAAUAUUAUCUACAUGGACUUGUUAUUGAAGCCAAACUACUUAUUGCACAACUACAGUUACACUCAAUGAUGCCUCAAAAUGCAGCCAUAACUCUCUCUACCUUAAAUCAUGAGUGUUUAGCGAACGGUUCACUUCUCGAUUUGAGUAGAUUAAAAUUGAUUCAAGCAAUGGUGAAAAUGGCAGAUGAGAAAAAUCAAUCUUUAAAUAGUCUUAAUUCAAUCAUAGAGCUUAUUCUGGAUGCGAAACAAGGAUUUGAAAUAUCACAAGAUCUUUUGAGACAGAAAUAUGUAGCAUAUUUGCUUGCAGGCCUUUUCCAUAAAAAAUCUCAACUAUUGUCUGACAACUCCGCAUCUGAUGAAAGCAUUAAUGAAGCAAUUUCAAACAGAAAUGCAUUUUCUUCCGAGUUUCGACAGCUCGAUUCUUUAACAUAUGGGACAUGUUCGUCAUUACUUAUUUAAAUUGAAAUUACAGAUUAUAGUCAAAUAUAGACUGUAGUCACCUGUGCUUA